AUGUGCGUGAAUUGGGCCAGGUCCUACCCGCGGAGCCCCAAAAAGAACUGGCGUAUUGCACACAGCUACCAACUGAAGGGCUGGGUGGACGUAACCUACCGGUCCCAGUUGGUGACGCAGAUGUUGUGCCCUAUUUUGGACCCCAUCCCUUUCCCAACCCAUCCCCAUAAAACAAAGACUCAGGCACCCGCUUCACCCUCUUCUUUACCUUGGCCAGACGAUGAACGGGCUGCGGUUGAAAGGCGAAAUGUGAAAGGCAACUGGUGGACCAUUGUCACCGCUCUCUUUGUCCUGUGUGGCACGCUGGCAUCAGCUCCGUCGUACAUUGUCCUGCGGCCCAACCCUGAGGGGGAGGGGGAAGCACCCUUUUUUUUUUUCUGUUUUGCUUUUGGUGACACGGUGCUUUUGGUGUAA